CAUUUUAAUUCAACAUUGACCUAACUAAACAAUAACUAAUCAAUUAAUACAUCAUCAUAUUUCGUUGACAACAUUUAUAAAAGCACAGAAUAAACAAAUAACAAAAGUUCAAAACUCUACUGGAUGGAUUAGUGUUAUUGUCAACAGGCUCAAUCCAUUCAUUUUUAAAAAAACAAAAAAUAAAUAGCUAUUUUACGGCAGAUUUGGAAAAAGAGGUUUUAUAUCCACAAAAUAUAUAAAAAAUGGGAUCCAAUGAUACUUCUGCAGAGUCUAACGAACAAGGCGAUCGGGGCGAGAAAAUUCAUAAAGGUUUUCAAAUCAAUUACAUGAUUUUAAGAGAUGCUGAUACGGGGAAGGUCAUUUGGCAAGAAAACAAAGAUUUCUCAUCUCCUGAUAUUGAACAUGAAGCCCGUGUACCUGUCAAGAUAUUGGAUUUGAGAGCAGUUUCACGUGAAAUUAAUUUCAGUACUAUUGAAGCAAUGGAAAAUUUCCGAUUGGAUCAAAAAGUUUUAUUCAAAGGACGUAUAAUGGAAGAGUGGUUCUUCGAAAUGGGCUGGGUAGGAGCAAACACAACGAACACUUGGCAGUCAACGAUUGAAGCUGCUCCAGAAUCCCAAAUGAUGCCCGCAAAAGUUUUGAACGGAAACGUCACCAUACAAACCAGUUUCUAUGACAACGAUACACUCAUAACAAAGUCUGUGGUGCGCUUGUAUUACAUAUAGAUUAUUUAAAAAUGAACUGACGAUCAUCGAUAACGUCAUCACUUUUGUAUUCGUAUACGUAACCCCCACGUACAAUAUUUAACAUUUGAUCUCUACAGCCAACAUAAGAAACAAAUGCGGUGCGGGACGUUAAAAAGCAUACAGCAUUAUUUCUAAAGUUUGCUAAUUUAUUUUAAGCAUUUCUCCAUAUACUUGCAAUUUAUAAGCAUUUGAAUUUUUGCCUCCUUGAUUAACGAAUAGCCGCUUACGUUAUGCAUACAAAUGGUUCUACAUUUUCUUAAGUGAUAAAAAUAGAUUAUAGUCUUUGUUUUUUCUUUUUGCUAACAUAACGUAAAAUACUAAUAUAUUCACACUAGUAUUAAGUUGCAAAAAAAAUAAAUUUAAUAAAAAUAUAUAAAUAAACUGUUAACUUU